AUGGAGCCGAGCCCUCGGCCCGCGGGGCCAGCGGCGGCCGGGGGGGCAGAGCCCGGGGGGGCAGAGCCCGGGGGCGCGGGGGAGCCGCUCUGCCCCUUCCUGGCCUGGAGUGCCGCGGAGGUGGCCGAGUGGGUGGUGCAGCUCGGCUUCCCGCAGUACGAGGAGUGCUUCAGGUCUAACGGCAUCACAGGCCGCCGCCUUAUCCACGUGAACUGCUCCAACCUGCCCGCCAUUGGCGUCACGGACUUCGGCCACAUGCAGGAGAUUUCACGACACGUGCGAGAGUUGCUGGGGAUUGAGGAGCCUUCCUUUCAGAGAUCCAUUGCCCUCCCGUACAGAGACAACUUGGGUCUCUUCCUGGAGCGAAAGUCUCCAACAGGAAGGAAAGCAGAUGCCCUCACUUUCUCACAGUUUAUCCAGGAAGCAGGACUGGAGCCCUAUGCUACAGUCCCUCCUGUGCAACAAUCCCAGCCUGGGGUAGAAGCAGAUACUCUCCCUGUAUUGCAGUCAGAGGCUGCAUUAGAGACUGACACCGCACUUCCACCUUCAUAAGAAGCCCAGCAGGGACAGCAGAAUAAACCCCCAUUACCUUGCAGUUUGUCCGAGGAGGUACAGUGCCACCUUCUCCCAACUAUGGAAAAGGCAACUGCAACUCUUAGCCAUUUGAUGACAGCAAACACAUCCCUGCAUCGGUUCUUUUCUGCAAUCCUUCAUUUGUCUCCAGGAACUAAGUGAAGCAGAAGCUGUAAACCAGACUGAACCACUGUCUUUCACUUCUGCUUCACAGUUUAUUAAAAAGACCAAAAAACAAUCACAGACAGAUUUUAGUUACCAAUGAUUGAUAGCAACUUCCCUGCUGCUCAAGUGAAUAGAUUUCUCCCAGGCUUUACUGUCUGCAGACUGGGCUCACUGUAAAGCCCAAAGGUAAAGUAAAUGACAUAUACAAUAACUGGUGUACAGGUGUGCUGCCAGCUGCUGUCAGUGAUUGUAAUUAAGUCACUGAAGAGGCAAAAUCUUUGGUGUCAGAACUCUUGCACACAAACUGCGAGCAGAACGUUUUCUACCCUGCACAGAUGGAGCAACAGG